AUGGCUUUUAACAAGAAAUAUGCUGGUCUUCCGGACUUGGACCCCGCCCCUGAUAUUUACGAGACCCCUGACCUGACCGACGAAGCUUCAACAGCACCCACUGCCACAAUCCGCACUGAAUCAGAUCACGAUGACACCAAUACCUCCGACAUCGAUCGCGAAGGUAUCGACGCAGACAAAGCGCGCGAACAAUUCAUGGGCGCCGCCGUGGACGCCCGCGAUGCCAACUUCUCAGACAGUAUCUCCAUGAAGAGACAAGCAUACCGCAGCAAGAGCAAGAGUCAGCGUCGAAGAAGGAGACGGGAAGAUGGAACAGAGGAGCUGGGCGACUUAAGCGACAGCGACGACGAAUCCGUGGAGCGUCGACUGGCUCGUUUGCGACGAGAGGUGGAGGAUCUACGAGUGGAGAUGGAGAACAAAGCUGCGGCGGAUGAGCCAAAGGAUGGCGAUACCCAAGCUACGUCUCCAGCAAAGUCGCAAGAAGAAUUGGGCGACGGCGUUGCAGAGUUAAGUCGGGCCCUGGAUAAUCUGCAUGCUACCUCCCGCGGAAUCAACACGUCUUACUCGGCCGCUGCUGCGCUUUCUCAAAAGCUAGCAGCUGAUGUUACUGCGAAGCCAGAGCCUAAGCAGCAGCAAUCUACCACCGAUAAGGCUACCACUCUUUCCGCUGGGACAGCACAGGUCGGUACUUCACAACCACCACCAGGAAUCCUGUCCCAUGCAGCUGCAUUCGAGAGCCGCCUCGCGCUUCUAGAAUCAUCAAUGGGGAUAUCGAGCUCCUCAAACCCAUUCGUUGGCGACGGAAUCAACGAGCCCGCCUUGCAGCCCGUCUUACCAGCCUUGGAUCAGCUCACUUCGCGUUUAGGUGCUCUGACUGGCCUGCUCGCUGGCAACGCUCCAGGAACUGGAGCUCCUAUGCCCUUACUGACCACCGAUGCAGAAAAUCUCGCUUCUGCCCGGCGCCGCGCAGCAGACGCCGCCAAAUCGGCCCAAGCAGCGCGCAUGACCGCAUCAGGCUCUGACGAUGCCGGCGCUGGCGGCGACAGCUCCCUCUCGGACGACGAGAAUGCAGCCAAGAUCCAGGCCCUGUACGCCACGCUCCCAACCAUCCAAUCUUUGCACCCUCUUCUUCCGAGCGUACUGGAGCGUCUCCGCUCUCUUCGCGCUUGCCAUGCUGGUGCCGCACAAGCCGCAGAGUCACUCAAUGAGCUCGAGAAGCGCCACGCCGAGAUGGCAUCUGAGAUCGAGCAGUGGCGGGAAGGACUUGCAACUGUGGAAGCGAAGAUGGCGCAGGGCGAGGAAGCUCUGCGUUCGAACGUUCAGACUGUGGAGCCUUGGGUGCGCGAGCUGGAGUCGCGCAUGGCGAGACUCGAGGGCCCACCUGGUGGUCUGUGA